CAAUUCGAUAAAAAUAGUCAGUUCCCUCAAAAAAAAAACACGAAUUAGGUAAACGAUAAUAAUUUAAAAUUUUGAGCCACUUGUGCGCUGACGUUAUGUGAGAAUAUCUCUCAUAAUGCAUUGUCAAUCACAAAACGACUUUCUUCAAAUGAUGCGGUUUUUGCUGCUGAUUUUUAUUGCGAAUUUUUUAUCAAUUCAAUUAAGAUUAGGCUCAGCUGGAAAAUCCGAAUUAUUUGUUAACAGAUAUCAUAUUCCAUCCAAAACUCAAGGCCCAUUAAACAUCAACACCAGUAAAGUGAAAAAUAUUGCUUUAUCACCUUUCCGUGUCACAGCGUUAUUGGGUGAAAGUACAAAAGUGAUGAAUACAGGGAAUGCCAUUGAAGUGGUCAAUACUGAAAAAAAUUCAGGAACAACAGUAACCGGAGGUCCUCUUCAAAACGACAUUUACGAAUUCCAUCUCACCAGGUUUUAUUGGUCUAGUAAUACCAGUGGACCUGUGGCCACCCUCGUGGAUGGUGCAGAUGGAGUUCCAAUAGAGGCCGUCCAUUAUUGGUUCAAUCGAAAAUAUGGCUCUUUUGAGAAUUCAAAAAAUUAUAGAGAUGGUAUGGUUGCAUUUUCAUUUCCAGUCAAAGUUGGUCCAGUUCCUAGCCUCACAUUUCUUCCUUUUUCACGAAAAUUAAAACAAGUUCGAGAAUCGAAUUCAUCUGUAUCUGCCUAUCUUUUUGAGCAUUUCGUCUGGUUUGAUGGAUAUCUGUUACCCAACACUCCCUAUUUUUCUUACCCAAGCUCCUAUACAGAUUAUAAAACAUCCAAAAAAUAUUAUUGCACUACGGCUGUUAUAUUUCGUCCAAAACCCAACUUUAUUUCAAUAACACAAUUCUGUGAAUAUUUUCUAACUCUGAAGAACUCUAAAGGAGGCCGAUUGACAAAUGCGGUACGAAGUCAUCCUCAAGGCGACAUACCAGUUAUACAAGCUGAAGGGCAAACACAAAUUUUCAUUCCUUAUGGGAAACGACUUCUUGAUUUAUCUCAACUAUAGCUGCUUAUCUUGGAUCUGUUCACAAAUUACUUUUUUGACAUUCACUGUGACUAUCAUUAAUUUUUGUCAUAAUUAGGUAGGUACUUGAUAACUAUCUACCAGUCGUAUGAAAGAAUCAUUUUGUCAUAGAAAAAAUAAAGAAGUAACUUGCGUUUAUCACCCUCAACAAUCUUAAAACUUAUCGAUAUAAUUAAAAUGGAUCUUAAAGUGAA